AUGAAUUCAUUAUUUUCAAAAUUAUUGUUCACAACAACAUCAUUAUGUAAAUUAUCAUCACUGCCAUCACUACUACCACCACAACCAGCCAUAUUCAUCUUUGAUCAACUAAUUACUAAUGGCGGUAGAAUGACAUAUGCCACACUGAACCAAGUUAUGCGAGGAGUAAGAAAAAGUAAAUUUAAAAAAUCAAAAGCAAAAGAUUUAGAAGCCUGUCCACAAAAAAAAGCCGUAUGUAAUAAAGUUUACACCACAAAACCUAAAAAGCCUAAUUCUGCUGUACGUAAAGUUGCCCGUGUCAAACUUUCAACUGGUAAAAUCAUUACUGCUUAUAUACCAGGUGAAGGGCAUAAUUUGAGUGAACACAGUGUAGUUUUGGUUCGUGGUGGGCGUGUCAAAGAUUUGCCAGGAGUUAAAUAUCAUUUGGUCAGGGGAGCUUAUGAUUUUAGUGGAGUCCCUAACAGAAUCAGUUCUAGAUCAAAGUAUGGGACCAAAAAACCAAAAACUACAGCAACCAAAUAA